AUGGUUUCACUACAUGCAUUGCAAGAUUUAUCGCUUUUCUGGUCUGGCAAUCGCAAAAAACCACCGAUAAAAUACACACCAAAUCUUCUUAAACUCCCAGAGCACAUUGUAUCCAAGUAUGUACCCAUGUGUAUGGAUCAGGAAACAGAAGUAUGGCUAAAGUCUUCCUCUAAUACGAGCGUUCUUAAACUUCUGGUGGCGGACUUAUUGUGCAGUGUGUGUUCCCGCACAACCGCUAAUGGAAUUGUCGGUCGCGGUGGGAUGUUUGUGCUGAGCACCCAGCAAGUGACACGGCUGCUAUUAGGCAAUAAUAGUAGUAGCCCUCCUAAUAAUAAUAAUAAUAAUAAUAAUAAUAAUAAUAAUAAUAAUAAUAAUAAUAAUAAUAAUAAUAAUAAUAACAGGGCUGUGUUUGAUUCGCUGCUUGACAUUGGGGCCGGGGACGGUGGAGUGACUGCCCGCCUGCAGCCGCUUUUCCGCCACGUGUCGGCGACGGAGUGCUCGAGUGCGAUGCGCUGGCGGCUCUGGCGGCGUGGCUACGAAGUUCUCCCGGCGGAGAAUCCAUUUCAGCACAGCGACGGCACUCGUCGAUCUUACGAUGUCAUUUCGUGCCUGAACGUGUUGGAUCGGGCCGACAGGCCGCUGGGUUUACUGCACGCCAUUCGGGAUUCACUCAAGCCGGACGGUCUUCUUCUUCUCGCGGUUGUGCUGCCGUGGUGUCCGUUUGUGGAGUAUGGGAAUAGACAACUCCCACCAUCUGAGAAGUUGCCGAUGGAGGGAGGAGAGUGUUGCCGCGGUGCGAGUUUCGAAGACUCUCUUCAGCGGCUUGUGGAUAAUGUUCUUAUCCCGUGCGGGUUUGAGCUUGAGCGGUGGUGUAAAGUGCCGUAUCUUUGCGAGGGUAAUUUGCAAAUGGAGUAUGCAGUUCUCAGUGAUGCGGUGUUUGUGCUUAAAAAGAGUGAAGGGAAAUCUUUAGAUACAUCAGGCAAAGAGAAUGGAGAAACGGAGUGA